UGUGUGUGUGUGUGUGUGUGUGUAAAGGCGUUUCCAGUCGGUCUCAGAGCGCACAGACGCGGAUGCGCACAGACGCACCAACGCCGCUCCGAAAUUACGCACCGAUUUAUCGUUAUUUAUCUCGUUAUUUAUCUCGUUAUUUAUCUCGUUAUCAGUGGAAUAUAUCGCGUACACCCUCCGCUCUCAUGCUGUGACCCUGCUGCCUAUCGGUUAACUCGUUUACCAUAAGUAUUUGGACAGGUCGUGAGUUCCCGUUAAUUCGGCUCAUCACUGAAGAUCCGACCAUCCUCAUCCUCUUCUUAUCUGAAAUCUCUCAGCUGGUUCGGAUCUCUACAGACACCACCAUGUCGGAGUACACCUCCCUGCUGAGCGAUCUGUGUGAGAACAUCACUAAUGAAGAUCUGGAGCAGCUGAAGUCGGCGUGUAAGGAGGACAUUCCUGAAGAACAGAGUAACUCCAUCACCUCGUCCAGAGACUGGUUCAGCUACCUGGAGGAGCACCACAAACUGGCAGAGGAUAACCUGUCGUACAUCGAGCACAUCUUCGAGAUCUCACGCCGCCCUGAUCUUCUGACCCGGGUGAUCGAGUACCGAACCACCGUCCUCAAGAUCUCCGAGGACGACGAGAUCGACACCAAACUCACACGGAUCCCAUCAGCCAAGAAAUAUAAAGAUAUCAUCCGUCAGCCAUCAGAGGACGAGAUCAUUAAGUUGGCUCCGCCCCCCAAAAAGGUCUGAGGUCAGAGGUGAAGCUCCCUGUUUGUUCCUUCUCCCCAUCACAUCAGAUCAUCUUCAGCUCCAUCACUGAUCCGGCCACACCC